ACCAGCCUCUAUAUGCAAACAUCCUUCCUUUAGCUCACACUUCCCCUUCCAGCAUGCCGUUUGUCCUAGAGGUUCCACUCUCAUUAGCCUUCAUCACUCGGAGUGAAUAAUUAACUGAAUUAUUCAGAUGCUCUGUGAUGCUCGCGAGGGGGAUCUCUGCUUACUGUGUCUUUAAAGUCGUGCUGAGGGGAGCCUGUACUAAGAAAGGAGGGGGCUGCUGUGCGCCAGUUAGAGGUGUCUGCCUGUCGCAGCCGCUCGAGGUUGACAUUAAGAAGAGCGCAUGCAUGCUUCAGCGAGGAGAUACAGCUACACAAUUGAAGGCAUUGGUACUGAGAUUGAACUGGUUCCAGGCAGAUACUCAUCACAUCGGGGAUUCAUGGAUGGACGCAGAGAUAUUGCAAUCGGAAUUAACUUGUCAGCCGGUGCGAGGAAUCUCUGGAUAUAAUGGGCAAUACGACACCGAAGCCAAUAAUAGAUGCGACUCUGCAACAACGCCCGGUGGCCAACAGGCCGUACUACACACUGCCUAACAAUGGGGCAGGUGUGGAGAGAAGAACGUCCGCUCCUCCGGUCAGCGUCAAUGUGGAGUCACCUCGCUUUCAUCCCCACGCCAAAGGCAAGAACAUCAGGCUGGAUGGGCAGCUUCGCCGGGCCACGCGCAAGAACAGCUUCUGUAACGGCAUCACGUUCAGCCACAGGCCCGUCCAUCUCUAUGAGAAGGUGCGUCUUCGUCUGUCUGGCGUGCACACUGGCUGGAGUGGAGCUCUACGCUUUGGAUUCACCAGUUUGGACCCCAGCGAACUUGUCACUACAGACAUCCCCAAAUACGCCUGUCCAGACCUGGUUACCCGGCCGGGCUACUGGGCCAAAGCUCUGCCAGAGAGACUGGCCCUGAAGGACAAUGUGCUGUCGUUUUGGGCCGAUCGCCAUGGCAGAGUCUUUUACAGCAUCAAUGAAGGAGAGCCUAUCCUCUUCCACUGUGGGCUCAGCAUCGGCUGUCCCCUGUGGGCCAUCAUAGAUAUAUACGGCAUCACGCAGGAGGUCACACUUCUAGAAAGCACGUUUGCAGAGAGUGUUGGCUCCAGCUGCCUGAGUGCGGCCCGUCUGAGUGCCUAUCUGCCCCAGAGUAACCACGACUCGGCUAAUUACAGCAACAAUCAGCUGGAGAAUAACCAGGCAGCCGCUGCCAAGAUGGCCAACCUCCAGCUCAAUAACUACACUCAGAUCAUCCCCUGCUGCUCCUCCACAUCCUCCUCCUCCUCCACACCGUCCUCAUCUGCUUCCACUGGAUUCAGCGUCCCCAGGGUGGUCCGAGGCCUCCCUUCCCCGCUGGACAAUGACUUGCACUUUCACCCAGUCAGGGGCUCCGAUGUUAUCCUCUCAGCGGACCGCUCAGCUGCCUGUAUCCACUUCCUGGACAGCAGUCGGACUCUGGUGUUCAGUGACCGGCCACUGCACGUUGGUGAGACUUUGUACGUGGAAGUCGGCCACCUGGGUCUGCCAUAUUUUGGGGCUCUGUUGUUUGGUUUAACGUCCUGUGACCCAGCUAGUUUACAUGCCGGGGACUUGCCGGCGGAUCCUGAGGUUCUCCUGGACCGUAAGGAGUACUGGGUUGUGCACCGGGGGUUCCCCAUGCCAUGUUCUGGAGACGUGCUCAGCUUCAGUCUGCUGCCCAGCGGAGAGGUGCACCACGGUGUGAACGGAGUGGGACGAGGCAGGCUGCUGUGUGUGGACUCCUCUCAGGUCCUGUGGGCCUUUUUCACGCUGCAUGGGGCUGUCAACAGACUCAGGAUACUCGGAACACUGCAGUCCAGUCCUCCCUCCACGUCCCCCAGCACUUCUCAGAGCAGCAGUCCAGAUGACAGUGAUUCAGACCUGGCGUUCAGCGUCAACAGAUCCUCCUCGGCCUCUGAAUCCUCUCUGGUGACGGCACCCAGCUCCCCUCUCAGCCCUCCAGUCUCUCCGACUCUCUCCGCCCCGGAGCUUCCCCCUGCUGGAAAGAACGGAGAGUGCACCAUUUGUUUCGACCAGGAGGUGGACACUGUAAUCUACACCUGCGGACACAUGUGCCUGUGCAAUGACUGCGGGCUGAAGCUGAAGAGACAGAUCAAUGCCUGCUGUCCAAUAUGCAGGAGACCUAUUAAAGACGUGAUCAAGACAUAUCGGCCAUGAUGGUGCACGUGUUUGAUGAGCAGGUGCUGAGGCUUGUUACAUUCAGAACACGCGUGUCCUCUUCUCAGGCCCAGCUGGACACUGAUCUUGGAGAUUAGCCAUCCCAGGACAUAUUUGUGCCUAUAUUUCCAUUUUGUAAGGGUUGGUAGUUUUUGGUGAAAGGCUCAGCGCCUUAUUCGCAGAACUAUGAUGAAGCUCAUCGUAACACAAAGACUGCACACAUGAGCGCCUAUAUUUUGGCUAAGAAAUAAAAGAUAAAUCAUUCGCUCCUGUUUUAUAUUUUCAAAGUGAGGUCUCUGAUGUCACAGGUAUUAGCUUAGCAGAAAAGCUUGCUGUAAUCAAUGAUCUGUCCCCUCAUUGUCCUAGAUUUAAAUGUGCUUCAGCAGAAUACUCAGACCGUAGUCUAUAAAUUCUAGUGCCUUAGAUUUUUGUCACUUUGUGUGUCCAAGUAAUAACGCUAACAAUCCUAGCCAUAUUUUCAAUGUACAGAACUGAGAGCUGAUGGUGUAAAAGGAGCACAAAUUAAAAUGUGUAGAAGUAAGUGGAAAUAUCUGACUGUAUGGUGAGUGUGUUCAAUGUGUAAUAAGGCAAGUAUGUUUGGGAAGUACAAAGUAAGAAUCUGGUUUUGCACAGUGAGAGAAAAAUAAAAGUGUGAUCAAAA